CAAAGGCUGGCGCGGCGGCGGCGGCACAGUAUAACUCGUGGGGCUGCCGCGGCCAUGGCCACAGCCGCCUCCAACCCCUACGGCCUGCUGGGCGCCGGCGCGCUCGCCCACGCCGAGGGCGCGGGCAUGCAGCAGGGCAGCCCGUUCCGCAGCCCGCAGAAGCUGCUGCAGAGCGAGUACCUGCAGGGCGUCCCCGGCAAUGGGCACCCGCUGGGGCAUCACUGGGUGACCAGCCUGAGCGACGGCGCGCCCUGGCCCGCGGCGCUGGCGGGCGGCCCGCUGGAGCAGCCCGACGUGAAGCCGGGCCGCGAGGACCUGCAGCUGGGCGCCAUCAUCCACCACCGCUCGCCCCACGUCUCCCACCACUCGCCCCACGCCAACCACCCCAGCGCCUGGGGCGCCAGCCCGGCGCACAGCGCCUCGCUGGCCGCCCCCCCCGCCGCCGCCGCCGCCGCCGCCGCCGGGCAGCCCCUGAGCGUGUACUCGCAGGGCGGGUUCGCGGUGGGCGGCAUGCUGGAGCACGGCGGGCUCACCCCGCCGCCCGCCGCCGCCGCCGGCCAGGGCUUGCACCCCGGGCUGCGCGGCGAGGCCGGCGGCGAGCACGGCGAGCUGGGCGGCCACCACUGCCAGGACCACUCGGACGAGGAGACGCCGACCUCGGACGAGCUGGAGCAGUUCGCCAAGCAGUUCAAGCAGCGCCGCAUCAAGCUGGGCUUCACCCAGGCCGACGUGGGGCUGGCGCUGGGCACCCUGUACGGCAACGUCUUCUCGCAGACCACCAUCUGCCGCUUCGAGGCCCUGCAGCUCAGCUUCAAGAACAUGUGCAAGCUGAAGCCGCUGCUGAACAAGUGGCUGGAGGAGGCCGACUCCUCCACCGGCAGCCCCACGAGCAUCGACAAGAUCGCGGCGCAGGGGAGGAAGAGGAAGAAGCGGACCUCCAUCGAGGUGAGUGUCAAGGGCGUGCUGGAGACGCACUUCCUCAAGUGCCCCAAGCCGGCCGCCCAGGAGAUCUCCUCGCUGGCGGACAGCCUGCAGCUGGAGAAGGAGGUGGUGCGGGUCUGGUUCUGCAACCGGCGGCAGAAGGAGAAGCGCAUGACCCCUCCGGGCGAGCAGCCGCAGCACGACGUGUACUCGCACGGCGUGAAAACGGACACGGCCUGCCACGACCUCUGACCGCGGGCUCGGCCCCGGGACUGCCCGGCCGCGGCACUGCCCGCCCGCACUAUGGGCUUUAACUUAUGGUUUCGGGAGACGCGGCGAGGGGUCCCCGCCCGCCGCCGCCUCGGCAAUAUUUUUUUUUUCCUCUCUCCGACCUGGUCACACACGGUGUUUACUCGCAGACAAGGUUUGUUUUCGGUCUCCGCUAGGAUGAAGGAAAAAAAAAAAAAAAGACACACACAGAAAAAAAAACCCUCACCAACCCCACCGCAAAACAAAACCCAAACAAAAAGGAAGGAAAAAAAGAAACCGAGAAAAAGAAAAAAAAAAAAGGGAAAACCCACGGAAAAAUAGAAAAUGAAAAAAAAAAAAAGAGAACGAAAAACCCGACAGAAAAGGAAAGACAGAUGUGUGCCUAUGAAUAACCUUCCAGCGCCUUGGUUAUAUCAGCUGUAUUUCAGGUGAAUCUGUUUUACAAUAGACUAGUUUUGCAUUUUUAAAGACUUAUAUAGCGUUUUUAAAUGUCUGAGGUGUUUUACUACAAACUGUACACAAUAUUUGUGACCUAAUUUGUAUCGAAUUGAGCAGUCCAAACGUUCCUCCCUUCCCCAAGCGCCGGCAAUGUCACCGAGCGGGGCCGGGGCAGGGUGGCCGCGGCCCUUCCUCACCCCCCCGGAGGAGAUGGGGCUCCCUCCGCGCCCGCGGAGCCCCGCACCGAUGUGAAGAACGGGCUUAUUUGUUGCAGCUUUUUUUCUUCCUUUUCAAGAACUUCCCAACACCGUAAAACGGUCGGGUCACAAGCCUGACCUCCCCCCCUCCCUUCUUCUCGCAAGGAAAAAAAAAAUAAUUAUAUAUAUAAAUAUAUAAAAUAAUUAUUUCUAGGAGAUUUACCCGAAAUUAAGCAUCACAACCAAACCCGUGGCAUUUGCCAGUCUUUUUUUCUUUCCGAAGAUGAGUUGGGCUUUUUAAUCAGCGCCAGACUGAGAGGUCUGUAGUAAAACACCUUUAUCCUUCUGCGCUUUCGCUUCGGAAAUCGGUUUCUCUGUAUUUUGUUUCGAUAGUGAAGAGGAAUGAGGUGUCGGGGGGAGGGAGGAAGGGAGGGAGGGAAGAGGACAGAAAACGCCCGCAUUUGGUUCACGCUGAGCUUCUUUCCGCGUCGCAGGGAGAUGCUGGAUUUGUGGAAAAGCUUUUCUAGGGGGGAGGGCAGGGAGGGGGGGAGAAGAAAAAAAAAUAAUCAUAAUAAUCAACGACAAAACAAAACAGGGAGGAAAAAAAACAAAACAAAAAACAAAACAAAAAACAAACUCUCUACCACCAAAACAAAUCCCCUAAAAUGCAAACGCCGUUUUUCGGGCGCAGGGAAGUGCUGAGCUGCACCCGCCCCCCUCUCCCCCUGUCCCUCCCAGCCCGGGGCUGCGCUGUCCCCAAGGGCGGGGGGCGCGGUGGCCGUGUGAGUGUGUGUGAGUGUCUGUCUGUCUGUCCGUGUGUGAGUGUCUGUCUGUCCGUGUGUGUGCGCCCCCCCCGAGCCCCGCACCCCCAGGGCCGCCGGGCAGGGCCGGGCCCCCCCCCCCGCUCCCGGGGCUGCACCCGCGGCCCCCUGAGGGCCGGGCCGGUCCCCGCUCCGCAGCUCCCGCACAGCAUCCCCCCCUCCUUUCCUUUCCUUUCCUCUCCCCCCUCACCCUUCCCCUCCUCCAGAUUUUUUCCUUUCGACAUUUAUAUUUUUCAAGUAUUUUUCAGUAAGCGCUAAAAAAAAAAAAAAAGAAAAUAGGAAAAAAAAAAGAAAUUAAGAGAAAAAGAAAAAAAAAAUAACUCGACACUGAGGACCUGCCUAUUUCUGCCAACUUUAUAACUGUACAGUUUUGUAUAUUAAACGUUUUUUGGAAGUUAUUAAUUUAAAGAAAGAUCAUUUAGUUUAUUCAUUUAGUAACUGAUGUAUAAUAAACGCUAUUUUCAUUAAAGGUUGCUUUUUUCAACUAUUUUAUCCAAAAUUGCCUAUUGCAGUUGCCAACAAUUAUUUAUUUUCAAUAAAUUCCGCAUUAUGUUUAAAAAAAAAAAGAAAGAAAAAAAAACCGUUUCAGAAAGAAACAACAAAAAAAAAAGAAGCCUAAAUGGGUGUCGGAUAAAAAUAAUAACGAAACACACGAGUGGCUGUAACGUUUGGUUGUCGACCAGUUUUAGUCAAGGGGUUUAUAUUGACGCAAUAUUUUAUUGUUGUAAAAGGAAAAGAAAAAAUUAAAAAAAAAACCAAAAGGUUUAAAUAAACAUUUUUACGAAAGAAAAACAAAAUAGCUGGAAACCUGCGGGUGCGUGGUUUGUGCGCGGGCCGGGCCGGGCUGCGGGGGCUCCUCCGGCCCCUCAGCCCCGGGCACGGCCGGGGGGCUCCAGGGGCCGGUCCGGGCAGUGCCGCUGGCACCUGCCGCGGCUGUGGGGUGGGAAAAAAGCGCUUUUGGGGCGGUAAAAGGAUCCGUGCGGCUUCGGCGGGGCAGGGCAGCGUGUGUCCACCGGCGGAGCCGCUGCGGUGCGUGUGUAUCGAUAUCGGUGCCGUCCCCGCGCUGCCCCCGCGGCGGGUCCCGGCCCCGUGCAGCGGCCGCGAGCGGGGCACCGGGUACCGGGCAAGUUUCUUUUGUUCCGCCCGUCCCCCCGCCCACCGUGGCCGGGCAGCGGCCGCCGGCAGCGGAGGGGCCGCGGCGCCGAGCCCCGUCCCCGCCCCGGGCCGCUCCCCCGGCGGGGAGGGCAGCGAGCGGAGGAACAAUAACCCUUAAUCACAUCCACCGGGGGAACGGGGCAACCCCGGCAGCCGGGGGUGCAGGGGGAGGCAGGGAAGCAGCAAAAACUUCAAGGGAUCGCCAGCGAAAUGGGCUUUUAUUUUAUUUUUUUCUUUUCUUCUCCCCCUUUCUGAAGCCGAACCUCGGAGAAAACAAUACCCAACCCUUCUGCCAGCAGUGUAGGGGGGAAAAAAAUUACCUUUAGGAAUCCUGAGGAGCGGCCCGAGCAGGGAGCGAGCUCUGGUCUUCAAUAAGCAGCAGCAGCAGCAGCACGCGAGUGGACAGGCGCCUUCCCACUGCACUGCCAGCACGCCACCCCUCCUGCACCUGGGAGCGAGAGGGAUUUGGGAUGUGAACAGUGGGCCAUGCAUUGUUCCUGAACCGUAAAACUGAUUUAUUUCAUUGCUAAAUCUCUGUGAGCUGCAGCACCGCGGCCUUGGGGGCAACGGGCCUGCGGCCGCCCCUGCGCUGGGCAGCAGGGCCCGGGUGGCUCCGCUGAGGGACCGCGACCUCCAGCUCUCUCUCCUGAAGGAUUACAGCAGCAGCAGAAGGAAAUAUAACCCCCAAAAGGCCGAUCUUUCAGUCAGCUCCAGGAACAGGAUGAAUGUGGCGUGGGGACCAAAGCAGGAGUAAAGAGCCGUGGUUUGUAAACAGCCCCAGCUGAGGAGAUGGAGAAGGUCCGGGUUAAAGCCAGCCCGGGUUAAAACCAGCCCAGGUUAAAGCCAGCCCUGCAAACUCACGGUGCCUCUGGGCCCAGGGAGGCAAAGCUCCUCAAGGCAGCCUUGGUUUGGAGGAGGGACAGAAGGCGUUUCAGUGAAAUUAGCGCGUUUUAGAGCCCUUUGGCUGUUCUGUAAAUACAACCACAGCGAGGGCUGGGUUAUGUCUUAUUUUUAAACAAAUUAGGUUGAGACAAAAGGGAUGCAAUGAAAGACGAAAUCAAGUAAGUUUAUAAACAGAAGCACUUCAAAGGCUGCUGGAAAGCCGGAGAAAAUAGGAGAAUUUCGUCUAAAGAAAAGAAAAUCUCUGCUGGUUAUUGCCCAUCGAUUUCAGUGUUCCUGUGAGCAAAAGGAAACUCUUUUGUGCCACCUAAUGUUAAGUACAGAUCACUGUUGUCUUCUUUGCUGCCCAUCAUCCAUGGUGAGCGUGGGGAGCCCUCGGGGUGCUGAGCCCAUCAAGGUGGAGCUCAGCAUCCCAAAGUCCCACCAAACCAAGGGCAGGGAGAGAGAAACUUCAGCUUCACAGUUACCUUCUGAAUUUAGGGAGUUUUUUUUUUUAAAAAGAACUCAGGAGGGGGUGGAGAGAAGCACGGGGUAGAAUCAUAAGAAUUGAGAGACUCCAAAUUUGGGCUUUGUUAUAAAAAAGUAGCUGCAGAACGAGCACAUCCAGGGUUUAUGUAAGCUGCCCACCCCCAAGCUCCAUCUCAGCAGCCUCUGGGCUUGGGGGAGCUUCUCCCUCCGCUCUCCUCAAGAACCCAAGUGGCCUGGCCUUUGCACACCCGUGUCUCCCAGCUGGAAGAAUUUUGGUGUGUACUUAGCAGCCAUUCACGUUAAUUUAGUAUGUAAAUAUCCCACACUAUCCUUUAAAGAAUGGGCUGAAAGCAAGUGUUUCUCUGAUGACAAUAAAUUGCACCAUUUUUGUGAUUUUAAUGGUGAGUGUUAAACGUCUUUAGCAAUUUUUGGGGCUGAAUCUUCCAUGCUUUCCAUAUUAUACUGGAAAAAAAACCAACCAGAGGCUUCCUUUGAGUUAAGUUUUCAAUAUUUGUAAGCUGUGCUCUUUAAAGAUGGCCAGGACAUGGGAGAGGGUUCUCUUGAAAGCAAAAGAUUACAAGAAGUAAGCAGAGAUGUCAUUUCACUUUAGGUUGGUCACUACAGAUCAUUCAAACUAUGGACCAGUCAAUCUAUACCUAGGCUACAUUUGACCAAGAUGUUUUUAAAAUCUCUCAAAAUGAAAUAUUUCAAGGGGUUUUUUUUCUGUACUUUUAGGUGUUGAUUCCAUAGGUUCAGGCAGAACAGAUGAAAGCAACUUUGGGCUGAGUCCAUGUACCAAAGCCACCACUGAUUUUAGGGCAGAUCCACGUGUGGAUGGAGGCACAUUUGAAACCUCAGUCCUUCCCCCAGGAGCAUAUGGGGCUGGGGGUGGAUGCCCUGAUCCCAAAACCCAGACAAAAUUAAUUGUUUACUCACCAGAGCAAUCAGUGAGCUCACCAUGCAAAUGGAGUUAUUAAUUAA